AUUUUCAGGGAUAGUGUUUUAACGUCGAUUUUCAUAUACAAUAUUCUCAGCUGUGUUGUACCUCUCAUUACGCAUAUUGGCAGGCAGCUGCCGCAAAGACUAAAGUUGCAAACUGUAGCUCCUGCGAGACAGAGUUUGCUCACUUCAUUCCAGGUCCCCUCUGAAAACGGACUGUUUGUCCAAUGAGAGUUAAGUGGCUUCUAAGACUAUUUUAGCGUUUGCAUGCCUCGCAUAAUUUAUCUCCUUUAGAGUACACCUUCUGGAUGAAGGAGGAAUGGGCGUGGUCAAACAAAAUUUUCGCAGUGUGCGCUAAUUAUAAUUAAUACAGUGAUCACUAAACAAUAUUAGUACCACUGCACAGAUUUCUCCGCCUAUAUCAAACAUUAACACCGACCAGCUUAAAAAUCAUAGCAGCGGGUCAGUGACAGAAAUCUUUGUACAAGCUUAGUUUGUUCAUUUAAGUGGGCACCAGUGUCGCAGGAAUAUUAAAUCUGCGGAAUAAAAUGAAAGCACUCAAACUACACUCUUAAAAUUAGACAAGUAUAACAAAGCAAACACAACAUUCAUCUUGUCGUGUGAAGUAAAUACUGACAGUGAUCAAAUCUAAGGGGCACUAUUUUCGCUGUGGGACCGGAAGAGCAUUUCCCAUACUUCUGAUUCGUCAGAGAAGUAAAUAGUGCCUUUUUGAUAAAGUUCGCAUACAUUUCGUACUACUUUGGUUUAGAAUUACUGACCCACCCAGGCAGUAAUGACAACAAACAAACUGAGUAACUUUUGUGCAUUGAUUGAUGACAAACGAUUUACUUGAUAAGUUGCUGCUGGAUAUAGUCACAAAUGACUAAAUGCAUCCAAAAUAAAUGAUCAGAUAGAAAAAGACAAUGCUUUUGUCUCCAGAACUGCUUUCAUUACUUACGGAGAGACAUAAUACUGCCGUCUGCUUACAGACAGUGAAGGAUAUUCCAGCUAAGCAGCUUACUCGGGAUUUGAUGGUCAAGACUGGAGCUGUUGAUGGACUGGAAGAGAGCAACUCAGCAUUUACAUUCGCUUCAAAAAGGGUAUUUUUAAAGACGACAGAGGACUUCUUCGAGGAUGGUGAUAUUCACAGACAUUUCUACUUGCAGGAUUCCGUAAGUGUGGCUCCCGAGGUGGAGAUACCAAAGGUGUCUGAUUUUGGCUGUCACAUUGCUGGUUGCUGUCAGGUGUUUGACACUCUGGAGAGUUAUGAACAUCACUAUAACACACUUCACAGGAAUGUCUGUGCUUACUGUAAACGAUCCUUCCCCACUGCCCACCUCCUGGACAUCCACAUUCCAGAAUGGCAUGACUCUUUCUUCCAGGUACUGGCAGAGAAACAGAACAUGUAUCGUUGUUUAGUCGAGAGUUGUAAGGAGAUGUUUAAAACAAGCAAGGAAAGAAAAGAGCACUUGAUGAAUAUUCAUACAUAUCCUUCAAAUUUUCGAUUUGACAAACCUGUGAAAAUUAAAAGCCCAAGUAAGCAAGAUAAACAUUCUAAAAAGCUGGAGGCACCAGCUGGCAUGGCUAUGGAUGUUCCACUAGCAGCCCCAGAAGAUUCUGGAGUCGAUUCAAUGGAGGUGUGCCCAUCUGAGCCAGUGGAUACAGCAGAGACUUCUCAGCCUGUAAAGGAAAAUAUUAGUGGCAUUUCAGUAAAAGUAAAACCAAAGGUCCCAGCUACAAUUUGCUUUGGCCAUGGUUCGGUAAGAGGUUUUAAAGGUGCAAGAAGAAAAUAGCUAAUUCAGCAGAAGAAAGUUAUAUAACUAGUGUAUAACUGGAUACAGUUUGUGAGCAAGCUGAAGUGGUGUAAAGCAGGUGUAACCUGCAUGGGUGGUGUGUUGCACUAACACGUGGAAGAAUCGGGUUUACAUCCAGACUGCUGCUGCUUCCGCUUCUGAUUUGAUUGUGCCUGUUCUUUUAUAAAGAGGUGCUGUAGUAAUGAAGGAGGAGAAAUGUGUAGCUGUACAGGUGUGCUGACCGGUGUGAUGGAGCAGAAAUACUGGUUUAGCAGUGGAUGGUAUUAUAACUGCCAUUGCAUAAACGAAAGUCCAAGAGUGUGAAUCAGGCAUUCAGCAUGGAUAAAUGCACAGGGUAAAAGGAAGACGGCUGUGGCUAAAAUAAAUAAUGACUCAUUGGUGACAUUCAUUCAAAUAUUGACAAGUACUCCAGGCUUACUGCAGGUACAUGCUGCUAUUUGCAGCACAAAGCCUGAAGGAGAUGAGAAAACUCCAAUGUGAUGAAUUUUGGAAAGGGCUGUGUUUUGAAAACCAGGAGCGUCAUGCAGGAGUUUGUUGAUCUUUGGAAUAUAUCCAUUUAUGUUUCAUUCAAAUAUGUAUAUUUUUUUUAAUUCAGAGUUGGAGUUUGUGCAGUGGUCAGUAUGCUCACUAGGCAUAUGCCUGGUUUGCUUAGUUGUCACUGAGAGUUGGAGUGAAAUGGAAUGCAUUUAAUGAAAAGAAUACCAGCGAGCUAGUGCUUUUCUUUUGCCACAUUAAUAGCUUUCCGUUUACUGUACAUCACAUUCCUUUCUGCUCAUGUCUGCAGUUGUCACGUCCGCUGUCUAUAACCAAAAAUUAUAUUGGUGUUCCCAGUGAAACAUUGUUUUCAUGUAUUACAUUUUCCUCUGGUACCUUUUUGUGUGCCUUCUUACACAGAUUUUAAGAUUUAACUUUGUUGAUUCUUUUUCAGUUCUAGGCAGCCAAAAAUGAACUUCUCUUUGUACUUUGAGUAUAUUCCUUAAUUCGUCCUUUACCAUAUUAACAUUUCUAGAUCGUCAUUGUCUGGAUUAUUAAAAAUUGUGACAGUUCUAUAUUCAGGUGUUAGAAGAAAAUUUAGAUUUAAGUUUUCUUUAUUAGUGACUUUUUUAUUCUUAAGUACCUGCAUAUGGCAGAGGUUCAAGUUUCAGAGGUGGCAUUACCGAAAUGCAGUAAUUUCCCUAUCAAUUAUGUUCAGACAUAAAGGAAAUUUGCAAGAUGACAGUUUAUCUUCUGCAGCACAGCUAUGUAUAAUUGAGUGUAAUGCUUUAUUUGCUGUAAAAUGUUUAAGCAAAAUUAAAUAUUUUCUUUAAAAGUAA